AUGAUCCUGGUGAAGGCCAAAAAUGAUCUGUGCAAGUGCCUCGAUGGACUCUGCUCAAGACCAUGGUUUUCUUCUGGCAACGCUCAGACAAUGGCACCGAUCCGCGAAGGCCAGAGAUACUGUCUACUUUGCUUCUUCCUUGACCGGAUAAGGAUAACGCUCGGGAACGGCGGUGUUGCCGGUAAAAUCGUCAAAAACAGCGUGGCAAAGGAUCCUAUUUUGGGCCGUAAAAAAGAACGGUGUCGUCUGAGGCUCGGUGGCGAAAUGUCGGUGGUGCCGCAACUUUCGGAGGCAAGGGUUCGAGAGCAUAAUAAACAGAGAGCCAGACGGAAAGCCCUGCAAAAACACAGAGGACGGCGCGGCGCGACGAGGCGAGGCGAGGAGCGUUCGGCGUGUCUUUUGCGGUUUUUGCCUCGCGCCGCGGCUGUCGCAAAAUCCGAGGGCAUUAAUGGUGGUGCCGUCGAAAGAAGCUUUUUACGAAUCGCAAACACGGCUCUUGAAAAAGCUUUAUGGCAAAGUCAUCGGUCGUCGCCGUGGCCGUGGUCGUUGUCCCGGUUUUUGCCGGCGCGGUACGUCGCCUUUGACUACGAUGACAACGGAAAGUAUUCAAUGCUGUUUUGUCGAACAGACCCGUUGGACAUUUAUUUCGUAGUUGAUGUCGAAGGAACGCUUUGGCUUCAAUUGCACACAACGGCCAGCAACACUCUAGCAUUCGACGUCCACAGAGAAUCGACCACCAACGAACCGAUGACCCCUUGA